GUACAGUAAGAGGAAAAGGCACACUAAAGUAGUUUUAUGUCGAAUGAGACCAGUGGCUUUUACUAGUUUGCAAAAAUCGUUUUUUACUGAACACUGUUUUUAUGUAACGUUACAGUUUAUAAACUGUUCGGUAAUAAGUUCGGGGUUUAUUAAGAUGUAAAAACCUGUGCGGCCUUAACGAAACAAUUUUCUAGAACGUUCGAUGCUCACGUGUCGUUCACAUGGAAAUUAACAACACGAUAAAUUAAGAUGGCGUAACUAACAAGCAGUUACCUUAUUUUGUCUUUUUAUUUUGUGUAUGCUCAAAUCGCAUCGUCCACAUAUCUCUUAGUGGCCCAUAUGUGACAGUGAUAGCACAGGACUGCACAGUUCAAAAGAACGCAGGUGCUCAAUGUACCAACAUCUCAGAUCUUUACACACAAACAGAACAUCACUGUUGAUGACAAGAAUUUUGAAAAUCUGUCUGAAAUCAGGAAUUCCUGAAUGUUCUGAGGGAAAGUUGACAUCAAAGUACCCAUCAUCUUAUGAAGCCAGCAUGGAGUCCAAAAGGAAAGAGAUGGUGGAAGAAAUGAAGAAACGUCGUCUUAACGUUGCACUGAUAGCCCGGAACAUGAAUUCUACAUUUGCCUUGCGUAGAAAGGAAUUGAUAGAGAAGGAGCCUGCUGUGAAGAAUACAGUGGAAAGGUGGCCAGCCCUCUUCACACAUAGUCAGAUCAUGGCAGAGUUUAAUCGUAUAUCAGGCAAAAACCUGCAAACUGAAUUCUUUCAAAAACUGGACAGAUUUACUCCACGUUUCAUCGAUAUCUUCAGGGCUAAAGGUGGAGACAUUGGUUCCAAACUUAAGAAGAUUCUGCAGCAGAUUGAAAAUGACAAAUCGAACAUCAAUGCGGGACGAACAGCCGUUCUUCACGGCCUACCACUCCUCCUCGGAGAGGACCCCUCCGAUUUUUACAAGACAUGUUUUGACUGUGAUGACAAUGAAGACAUGUCGGACAUUGAAAUCGGUAUUCUGACAGUGAUUCCCGAGGGCUCUGCAACUGUACCCUACUCCCUGCAUCUUGGUGCCACAACAACGGCAAUCAUUUUGGAAGAGGCCACAGACCAGUUGCAUCAUCGUGAUGAAGUCUAUCCCAAUUUGGAGGCUCCUUCAUAUCUGGCUUUGAAAAGCAUCCUUCGUUUCCUGGACAUUGAAUAG